UAAUUGACCAUACAUUUGCAUACAAUUAUGAACAAUUAUUACGGUUGAUUUAUAUGUAAUGAAGUGACUCAGUUGUGUGAGUAUUCGAAAAAAAAAAUAAAAAAACAGAUUGUCAUUACCAACAACAAAAAAUCAAAAACGGACCAAAUCAAUAAAUUCAAAUUUCGCACAUUUUUCGACAAUGAACAUGUUUUGAAGAGACUGGGAUCGAUUCAGGCCGUAAUCUUUUGUAACGAGUUUGUUUGAGAAUCGAAAACAUUUUCUCCACCUAGAGUCCAUUUCAGCCUCGUAAAAAUUCCUCUUACUCGCGCGCCCUCUACGUCAAUUGCAUCUAAGUGCCUAAACGUCAUAAAUAUCAAAUAUAACUUACAACGUAUUUGUAAAUUCAUUCAGAAAUCAAAUUAUGUCAGACGAGGUAACUUUUGAUUACGUUAAAAGCCUAAAAGACAACAAACAGGUUCUUCUAAUUGACGUAAGGGACCCUUCGGAAUUAGCACAAACAGGUAGCAUACCUGGGAGCAUCAAUAUACCUUUGGCUACUUUAAAAGAAACACUACAAGACACAAGUGAAGAUCAGUUUCGUCAAAUUUUCAAAAGAGAAAAGCCUACAGACCUUACUCCUAUAGUUUUCUCUUGUCAAUCGGGGCGUCGAAGCCAGAAUGCAUUAGAUUUGGCAAAAAAAAUGGGAUAUGUGAACGCCAAACAUUUUCCUGGUGGUUGGACCGGUUGGGUACAACAAAAUAAAUGAAAGUAUUACAAAAAACACACUUUAUUUAUGUAGAGUAAAUGCUAGUUCUAA